AUGCCGGAGCUGACUUCGAAGGGCACUAUCAUCUCCAAAAAAGGCUUCAAGAAAGCUGUAGCCAAAACCCAGAAGAAAGAGGGAAAGAAGCGCAGGAGAUGCCGGAAAGAGAGCUAUUCUAUCUACAUCUAUAAGGUGCUGAAGCAGGUGCACCCCGACACGGGCAUCUCGUCCAAGGCCAUGGGCAUCAUGAACUCGUUCGUCAACGACAUCUUCGAGCGCAUCGCGGGCGAGGCGUCGCGCCUGGCGCAUUACAACAAGCGCUCGACCAUCACGUCCAGGGAGAUCCAGACGGCCGUGCGCCUGCUGCUGCCCGGGGAGCUGGCCAAGCACGCCGUGUCCGAGGGCACCAAGGCCGUCACCAAGUACACCAGCUCCAAGUAAACGUGCCAAGUAAGC